UUUCACACUUGCCGAGCAAAAUAACAGCAAUAGAUCACCAAAAGCAGUACCCUGGCAUUCUGCAUGAAAGCGGGGGGAAAUUAUUUUGCACUGCAUGCAACAUUGUGGCUGAACACAAAAGGAAAUCAUCGAUUGACAAGCAUUUUGCCACCGCAAAGCAUAACAUGAGAUGUGCAGAAAUGCAGGCAGGAUGUCAGACGACGAGACAGAUCACAAUGACACAGGCUGUUGCAUCCAGGUCAAUUGCAAGCUCUGAAAGAAUUAAGAUUUGUUUAGAUUGGGUAGCCACAUGUACAGCUGUAAAUAUUCCACUCUCAAAGAGUGACCACCCUGUUUUGAGGAAGUUCCUCAAAGAGAAGGUUGUCAAUGGUGGAGCGAUUCCUGGGAGCCACCAGCUCCAAGAGAAAUACUUGGGUGAUGUCUACCUGCAGGAGAAAGAAACUCUCAAGACUAAUUUAACCAAAAAGCCUGUUGCAGUCAUUUGUGACGAAACUCCAGAUGUAGAGGGCAGAUGUGUACUGAACAUUCUAAUUGCACCACUAGAGAAGGAUGAGUCUGGAAGAAUUUUGGCGUACCUUGCAGGCACAGUGUUCCUUGAGCAGUGUAACCACUCCACUGUGUCAAUGGCUGUUGUGAAGUGUCUUCAAGAAUACAGCAUUGAUAAUGAUGAUGUCAUUGUGUUUAACACGGAUAAUGCAGCCUAUAUGAAGAAGGCCUAUACUGCUGCGCUGAAGUCCUUAUUCCCAAAUUCAGUGCAUGUAACAUGCAUGGCUCAUAUUAUGAACCUUGUCGGAAGUGCUUUUCGGAGACCUUUUGAUCAAUUGAAUUCAUUCAUGCUGAGUUUCUCGCAAAUGUUCUACCAUGCUGGCUCACGCAAAAGAAGAUAUCUUCAAUUCAUGACAAAAAAUCUACCACCAGGAAGGAAAGCAACCAUGGCUCCAAAUCCAUGUGCAACUCGAUGGAACUCAUGGUUCACUGCUGUACAGUACCAUUCAGAGCACUUCGGACUGUACAAGGAAUUUAUUGAGAAGGAAAUUGAUGUAAGUGGCAUUCUCUUUGCUCAUAAUACAGUAUUACAAAUAUAUUCAAUUCAAUUCAGUUUUAUUUAUACAGCGCCAUAUUACAAAUAAAAAAUUCCUCAAUGGCGCCUUACAGGCAAAUAUACAUUUCAGUUCCACCAAAGACAUACAUACCAACACAUACACAGAGAAAUACACAAAAUGUCCAAAAUGAUGAAUGAAAUACUAUGUAUUUUUGUGAUUGAUUGCCUGAACAUAAUUUUGACUCAUUUGUUUUUUUCUAUUCAAAGACCUGUGGAAAAUCCACACCCCAGUCAGUGGAGAGACUCCAUGAAAUGCUUAAGUUCUCCACAGUGUUACUGAAAGUGUGUUAUGUUUACAGUGAAGGACUGUGUGCACUUUACAUAGUUUUUUAGAUAAUUCAAGAAAUUAAUGGAUGCCAAAAUUGUAUUUUAUUUUCCAUUGUUUAGGCAUCUUCAGCAUUAAGCUGUGAGGUUCUGUUCAAAUUUUGAACUGAGAUUGUUUUUUUAUUUCUGAUAUGAAUACUGAGCCAUUUAUAUUAUUAGUUUAUUAUUAUUUUAUGUAGUCUUCAGGAGAGACUGCCUGCACACAGUACUAGUACUAAUGUUUGUUUUGUUUUACUUAUAUGAAGGCUGAGACAUUCAUGUUUUACUUCAUGUAGUGCUGUUCUGUGCACUUUAACUUUUGAACCACAUUUGGAUAAGUAAAGCCUAUUUUGCUGCAUUUUUGUAAUCCUGGUAAUCUUUUAUUUGCCAUAUUGGUAAGAUUGUUUAUAGGAUCAUUUCUCAGUGUCUUUGUUCUUUUAAUUAAUGUUUUUUUCAUAAUUAAUGUUUUUAAUAAUUUAAUAUUUAACAUAUUACUCAUUAUAAUUACAAAAAUGGAAAAUCGCAACUAUCGCUCAACUUCCACUACCUAGGGAUCAUUUCCUUCCGCAGUAUAAUCACAACAAAAAGCACUGCAACUUUCAUCGCAAUUUUUUGGAAAAGCUCACGCAA